UCGGCGCAAUGCGACGUCUGACGUUCGUAAAUAAUUAUUUUGAGGUUAAAAAAUUGAUGACUUUUGUCUAGUGGCUACUUAGUGCUAAUAAGAUGUGAUAUAUUAUGGUGGAUUAUCAGUUCAGUAACAUAGAUUACAGAUUUAAUAGUUCUCUCUUAAUCUGAAUGUUUACUUCCCUAAUAUUAGUUUCAAUUUGUGUUGACAUCGAGGUCUUAGAUCAAGAGAACUUAGGUUAGAUUAAAAUCAGAAUUUUCAUUUCAUGUUGAACGUAAUUUGUUUUCUAAAAAAUGUCUCUAAACAAAUUUAUGCAUCCCAGAAACGUGUAUAGAAAACCUCCAGACUUCAAAGCUCUUGCAAUAAAGUAUCCAGAAUUCAGAAAAUAUGCCAAACAGGAAAUAUCAGGAAAGGUUUCUAUUGACUUCAAGAACAAAGAAUCGUUACGAGCCCUUACAUCAACUUUGCUCAAGGAGGAUUUUGGUCUAGAUGUGGAGAUCCCUCUGAAUCGGCUAAUCCCAACUCUCCCGCUACGUUUGAAUUACUUGUUGUGGAUCGAGGAUAUUCUGGCAGCCAAUCGUAAAACAUCAGAUAUUGUAAAGGGAAUAGAUAUUGGAUGUGGAGCAAGCUGUGUGUACCCGUUGUUAGCCGCUAAACAUUUCCAAUGGCAGAUGUUGGGCACGGAAGUGGACGAGGAGAGUGUUUUGAUCGCAUCAAACAACGUAACGAGAAACGGUCUGAGUGAUAGAAUAACAAUCCAGAAAACUCCAGAAAGAACGAUGCUGGAUGGUGUGCUGGAGGCUGACACUGUGUACGACUUCUGUGUUUGUAAUCCUCCGUUCUUCAGUUCUGAGGAGGAGCUGGAACCACAGAAUGUGGCAAGGUCACCCUCCCGACCACCUCCCCGCAACGCCAUGACAGGAGCCUCCUGGGAGUUAGUGACGCCUGGUGGUGAAGUGGCCUUCGUCGAAAGCAUUAUACAAGACAGUCUCAAGCUGAAGGAUAAAGUUAGAGUGUACAGUGUGAUGUUGGGUCACAAGACGAGUGUAGGGAAGAUUUUGGCAGCACUCAAAAAGCCAGAGGUGCAAAAAGUAACGAGUUACAAGUUCUGUCAGGGACGCACCACCAGGUGGGGCAUAGCGUGGACGCUGACACCUUCGGUGACCUUGCCUGCGGUCAAACAGCAACCGUUACAGAAGCCCAAGAGCCUUCCCUUCUCUCACAUGUUCGACACGGACAUGAAGCAGACUCUGGAAGUGCUGCGCCAGCUCAUGGUGAAGUUACAGAUUACCUAUUCCGUUCGGAAAAACAGCGAUGAGAUUUGCGGAAUGGAGAUCACUGCACUGGCAAACACUUGGACUAACUCUAGGAGGAAAAGACGUGAGGAAAAGAGAAAGCAAGCAGUGAGUAAAAGUGAGAACAAUAAUACGGAAUUGAAACCAGAGGACAGCCAAAGUGUAGGUCCUGAGGUUUGUGAAAAUGAGAGGGAAGAAAUUGAAGAAAAAGUCCAAAUAGAUGUCUGUGAUAAGAUUAGUGAAAAUGGUUCUCCGAAAUCAGAAGAAGUUGAGAGAAAUCCAGAUCUUGUGACAGAAAAUGAGAUUGCUAGAGUUGGAACCAAACGUACCUGUGAUGAAGAUGCAAAGUGUUCAAAUAAUCCAAAACGAGUGAAGGUGGAAAAUUCCAAAGCAGCAUCUAAAACGGAGCCUUAUUUCAUUGGUUUGUUGUUACUAGAACAGAAGUCCUUUGGAACAGAGAUGGAACUGUCCUGGAUAAGAGGAUCAGGCGGACGAGAUUCUGCACAUCAGUUAUUGCAGUACUUCAAAAAUAACAUAAAAUGUUAUGAAUAAAAAUCUUUUUUUACCCAUUCA